UUAUAGGACUGUCUAGUCGGGAUGUACACUUGACAUUUAGCUUAUGAACAUACCUAAACCGAAAUUCUCACAGAUUGAAGGGUUCCUAUCUACGGAAAAAUGGUUCGUUUCUCAUUCGUGUUACUGACAAGUGUUGUUUCAAUCUACAUGGUAUUGACCUAUUUUUAUCACCAUAGUAACAUCUCAAUCGGAAGUGACGUUCCCAGUGGACAGGAAGUGGCUUAUAAUAACAUUUUUGCUAUCGUACACAAACAAAAUUCAGAAUCAACUGUACAAGAUGGUCAGAUUCUGAGGUGUAGUCAAAUAACAUACGGCGGGAAUAUACUGGCUGGGCUCAAUGACGUCACAACCCUGCAAUUUACUCCGAAAGGACAGUUUAUACCGACACAAGAAUCCAGACCAUGUGAUAAGGGGAUCGUUUCUACUGAUUUGGAAUUGAACAUUCGCGAAUACAGACACGGUCUCAAGUGCGUAAAAAACUUCCAAGAAGAAUAUUUAAUAUCCAAAAAUGCCAUUUGGGCUGGAGACACGCAUUUAAUUCGUCAAAACCAUCACUCAUACCUAACUAGAAAUAGCAUUGUGGUGGAAAUUGGCGGAAAUCUUGGUGAAGACGCCUCUGCUAUUUUAAGAAAAUACAAACCCAAUGCGUAUGUAUUGCUGGAACCGAUUCGUCCAUUGUAUAACCAACUAAUGGGGACAUUUAAGAAAACAAGAAAUAUGCACAUAUAUAACUUUGGACUAGGGAAGAAGCUAUCCUAUUUCCAUGUCAAUAUGGAAGGUCACAAAGGCGAAACUACGUCAACGUUCACAGGGUCAAAUUCAGGCGAUUGCCUUAUUAAGGUCAUCAACGCUACUAAGUUCAUGCUGAAAUUGGGCGUCGGUUGUUUCGACGUAGACCUCUUGACAAUCAAUUGUGAGGGAUGUGAGUUCGACGUCCUGGAAUCCCUUAUAUCCUCAAGUCUAAUUGAGCAUUUUAAACACGUGCAAUUUGCUACUCACCCGACUCUGGAACACUUAACAAGCCCUGUAACUAGGUACUGCGAAAUUAUCCAAAUACUUUCAAGAACUCAUGUACCUUCAUAUAGAUACGGAUUUGUCUGGGAGUCUUGGACCAGGCGUGAUAUAAUACAAAAAAAUAUAAACCCUUCAAAUAGUUCCUAGUGUGUUUUAAUUCCAGCAUUAAAUGUAACAAGACGAAAUUUGUGAGAGAUGAAACUCCCUGGUUUGUUUCAGGCAUGGAGUCUACAAAGUCUAUCUCCAAACUGUGGUUUAUUACAUUCUUGUUUCAGGCAUAGAUUUAACAGGCGACCACGCAAAACUCAUGAUAUUACUGUGUACUAUCGACCAGAAACAUUUUUGCCCUUCGGCAGAAUAAUUCAUAUUUGCCCAGUGUUAAUUUGAUUAGUGCGCAUAUUAUGUUGUUUACUCAUGUUUUCUGUUCAAGCAUUACACUAUUUUAGUAUGGCAUUUGUGAUCUAUUUGAAUGACACAGUUUUGCAAGCAAACACUAUAAUGCGCGUGUUAAGGUAUGUUUUUCAAUGAUAUAGAAAUGCCAUACAAAAAAAAGUUCAAUGCUUAUAUCUACGUUUUCUCCGACUUACCCGUUUUUUUUAACUAACAAAUUGUUAGACAACUAUAAUUAGGUAUUCUCAAGGAAAAUUAUUUAGCAAACCUCCGAUUCAAGUUCAAUUUCAGUCAACCAGUGUUGUAAUGUUUCCAGAAAUAAAUCACAACGUAAAUUGUAUAGAAAUAAUCGGUUCCCCUUCAUUCCAUCUUCUUGAACAAAAGCACAAAAUCUGAAAAAAAUUGCUAUGCGAAAUAACAACACCGUGAACCAAACACACCUAUAACAAAGGAGGCCAUGAAAAAAACAAAAAAUACCACAGACGAUAAAAAAAGUUCGUUCAAGUCUAGAAAACAAGUACAGCACCACGAAUUUAUCUAAAAUAAUAUUGAUCUCCUAGAUAUUAUUCUUUGAACUGAAUGUAUCGCAUACCUGGGCAUUGGAGGACAUUCCAGACUUACACAAUGAACAAAUAAGCAUGUUUAUAACUCGAUUUCCCCUUGCAAACUGAUAUAAUGCCACCAUGGAAUGAUAAGAGUGUCAAUACAUAAUGUUUUAUUUCAUGACAAAAUACUAUUACUCUCAGCACAAAUAAAACUACAAAGUAACGUAUUGUUGGAGUGUUA